AUGUUGUGGCGAAAAGCGCGCAAAAACAAAUUGCAAAGACGUUUCGGUCAGGUUCUAUUGUUGCUGUUGUUGGCGGCAUUCAUAUUUGUGCUGCGAGACGGAAGCCUAUUGCUUAAGGGGUGCACGGAGAAUGCUGAAAGGGAAGAAAGCGCAGAACCGUCAAGGCUGUCUUCGGAAUUGGACAAAGACGACCAUCGAUUAAAGCAAAUAGCUACUUCUCUUCCGAUUCAACUAGCUAUGGUCGUUGGAGGAGCUCAGGCUGCACGGCAAACAUCCACACUGUUGAAAAGUAUAGUAUACUUCGCACAAUGGACACAUAACUGCAGUGGUAGAAAUCGAUCUCAUGACCGAAACAAACGAAAAUUCGAUGGCGACAACAACCGGUUUCCUCAGCUGCAUCUUCACAUGAUAGUGGACCGUCAUGCACUUAUCAGCUUGAAUUCUCUACUCCGAACGUGGGAACUUCCGGGAGUGCAUUUCUCAUUGUAUUCCGUCCAUGACUAUGAAAAGAGUGGCGAUACUUGGAUCUCAAAGAAAUACUCCAAAAGGUCCCGGAAAAAUCAAGUCUUAGGAAAUGUUAGACAUCAAGUGAAGAUUUGCUUGCACUUUGGCGGAGAAUCCUUGUGGAUACAGAAGGCUAAAAAAUGCAAGAAGUGGUGA